UUGCAUUGACUUUCACCCCCUAAAUCCAACUCUUUAUUCAAUAACUAUUACCUGCUAACAUAACAUUUGGGGAACUUCUCCUCAUAUAAUUAAAUUUUGAUUGUUCCAAUAAUACAGGAGGGACCAACAUUAAGAAAAAUUCUCACAAUAUGCAUUGGCUCAAGAAUCUCAUCCAACUCUCUUCGACCAGAUCAUCAUUCAAAUCUUUAACCCCAGUGUCACCAUCGCUCACCCAAUUGUUGCAAUUUUCGGUGGCCGCAACUUCAGGGUUGGAGCCAACAAAGGGGGACCAGAAACCGAGGGUGGUGGUGCUGGGUUCAGGAUGGGCUGGAUGCAGGCUUAUGAAGGGCCUUGACACCAGCAUUUACGAUGUGGUGUGUGUCUCGCCCAGGAACCAUAUGGUGUUCACCCCACUCCUGGCAUCCACCUGUGUGGGUACUCUCGAGUUCAGGUCCGUAGCAGAACCCAUCGGCCGGAUUCAACCUGCUAUUUCGAGCGAACCCGAUUCUUAUUUCUAUCUUGCUAAUUGCACUGCCGUUGAUUUUGCCAACCAUGUGGUGAGCUGCCAAACUGUGACAGAUGGAGUUGAUGUCCUUGAGCCGUGGAACUUCAAAAUUUCAUAUGACAAGUUGGUGAUUGCUUCUGGAGCACAAGCGAUGACCUUUGGGAUUAAGGGUGUAAUGGAGCAUGCUAUUUUUCUGCGUGAGGUUCACCAUGCUCAGGAAAUACGUAGGAAACUACUUCUAAACCUGAUGCUGUCUGAUGUGCCUGGAGUUACUGAGGAAGAGAAGCGUCGUCUCUUACACUGUGUAGUCGUUGGAGGUGGGCCAACAGGAGUUGAGUUCAGUGGUGAACUUAGCGACUUUAUCAUGAGGGAUGUUCAUCAAAGAUAUGCUCAUGUCAAAGAUUAUAUUCACGUUACAUUGAUUGAGGCAAAUGAGAUAUUAUCCUCCUUCGAUGAUCGUUUACGUGUAUAUGCAAUCAAACAGUUGACUAAGUCAGGAGUUCGUCUUGUACGAGGAGUUGUAAAGGAUGUGCAACCUGAGAAGAUAAUUCUUAGUGAUGGCACGGAUGUCCCAUAUGGUCUGUUAGUGUGGUCUACUGGGGUUGGGCCCUCGCCUUUUGUGAACUCUCUGGAUUUACCAAAAGCUAGGGGGAGGAUAGGGAUUGAUGAAUGGUUACGCAUCCCAUCAGUUCAGGAUGUCUUCUCAAUUGGCGAUUGCAGUGGGUUCCUUGAGAGUACAGGCAAACAAGUUCUUCCAGCUUUGGCCCAAGUUGCAGAACGCCAGGGAAAAUAUCUGGCAGGUCUGUUGAACCGGUUGGGUAAAGAAGGUGGAGGGCGUGCUAAUUCUGCAAAGGACAUGAACCUCGGAGAUCCAUUUAUGUAUAAACACUUAGGGAGCAUGGCUACUGUUGGCAGAUAUAAGGCCCUUGUGGACCUUAGAGAGAGCAAGGCGGGAAAAGGUCUCUCUUUGGCAGGAUUCACGAGUUGGUUAAUUUGGCGUUCAGCAUAUCUAACUCGUGUUGUAAGCUGGCGGAACAGAUUCUAUGUAGCAAUCAACUGGUUGACAACUUUUAUCUUUGGCCGUGAUAUAAGUCGGAUAUGAACUUUUACCAAAACUUCCUUCAGUUUGGCUCAGCAUGGUAAACUAUGUGGUAUUGAAUGUGUUACUUCUCCUCCAAGUUGAUUUCUUGAAUAAGUUAGCUAUUAUCAACUUCUUAAGUAAGAUUGCGGUAUGACUUGCAGAAAUUCGAUAUAGGUUCUGAUCUAGCCUAUUAUUGGUAAUAGUUGAAGGAUGCCUAAUUAGAAGGGAGUUCAUGCUUUGGAAAAAAAUGCUGUUGUUAGUGUACUCUUCCUUUUAGUAAGGGAUUGAAGACCAGGUGCUUAAAAUUGCAAUUGCCAAAGUGGCUAAAUUAACAAGGCUUUUGCUGUACUUUAUGAUGUUCCGUGUUAAUCUUUAUGCUCCUCUUGCUUUAUAGAAGUUAUCGACUAUUUUUCCCCCUUA